AUGAGUCAGCCUCAAGAUGGGAUGGGAAUGGACGAGCCAUUCGGAGCUAGAGGAGGAUCAGUGAGGAGGGCAAGAGAAAGAGCUCAGGCGGGUCUACCAAGGGAACGAUUAGAGCCGCCGACUUCGAUACCACGCUUACCCAUCAGGAACCCCAACAAUGGUGCCAGUAGGCCACAAGCGCCAGCAGGUCUGCAAUCAAAGGAUGGAAACAUUGGACUGGCCAUCUCAAGACCGACACCUGUGCCUCAAUGGCCACUUGCAGGUCCUCUCACAUCUCCCGCAUCUUCAGAGGGAUCAGAACCGUACCGACCGCCAGCCGGUCGCGCGCCGCCUCAAAGACCACCUCGGCCCAGUCGAGUCCCGUCGAUACUUGAUGCUUCAAAAGUGCAGGAUCACACUCCCGUUUUUCAAUAUACACAGCAAGACCCCAGGCUUUCGGAGAUUUCCGCCCCAGAGACGCCCGUAACUCCUUCUUCGAGGUCUACUGCCCACUCCUCUGUUGGUUCCAUCCCCGAUUUUCCUCUACCUGUAGCCGUACCACCCGUGCAAUCGCGCAGGAGUGUCACUCUGGGCCCACCACCAUCUUCUAGACGAGGACAAUCAUCGUUUUACUCCACGGUAUCUUACGUUUCGCCUAUACCAGAAGAGAGCCCAAGGACACGGUCACACACCUCCUAUGCAUCAAGCGCCGCAAUCCCGGAAAGUUACGGAACGAUAUCGCCAGGGAUAAGCAACGAUGGAAAUUACUACGAUGACAUAGCAGAAGAAUCUGUCUACAGCGACGAUGCCGAUGAGAGUAGAUUGGUCAGGAGUGCGAGCAUUGGAAGGAAAAGCAAGCCAUCUUUGGUAACAAUGAGAAGCUCAAGUGCUGAAAAGGGAGAGAUGGUGCCCAUUGUUUUGCCGAUUAGGCCUAUGCCAAAACCCCAGCAACAAGAUCCGAAGUCGCCAUUCCCAGAGGGUACAGGAUUUAUAGAUGGGUCUUCGGGCUCUUCAGACACCACUUCUAGUAGAUUGCCUACAGUUGGGACGGCUGUGACCACAAACAGUAUGCUUGGCGCUUUCCAAGCUGCAAGCGCGUCAGAUCCAUCGUCAAUCACAAAGGCUGCGUCACCACAGCCUUUUAGACUAUCGGCACUUCGGCGACCACCUCGACUUGAUAUUGACGCAGUGCGAGCAGCUGAAGCCCGAGGCAGUUUGACAAGUUUACCAGAUCUCAUCAAGCGCGCGACCCGUUUAGCAUCUAUGAUGGACAGGGGGAAAAGGCCAGCCAGCCGAUUCGACGACCUCGAUUUUCCUGAGGAGAUCUAUGCAGAUGAUCUGGAGAAACACCAGUCGGGUCUUUCCGACAUGCUUGCUGCCUUCCCACCUCCAGCCCAAGCAAAUAUGAGCCGUCGAAGCAUGCGCCAGAGCACGACAUCAUGGCCUUUAGCAUUCAACGGGAGAAAAUCAACCAUGGGAUCACCCUUUGGACGAGGUCAAGCGGCGGAUAAUCGGUCGCCAAACUCGGACCAGAGCCAACAGAAGAAGGGACGUCGUUGUUGCGGUUUGCCCCUGUGGGGCUUUUUAGUCUUGAUGUUCGCACUGCUUGUGGUUAUUGCGGCUGCGAUCAUCGUUCCCUUGGAAUUCUUCGUCAUCCAAAAGCGCGACGACAAUACUGUUACAGCACAGCCUGAACUGUCGGACUGCCAGAAUCAGCUUUCGUGUGCGAAUGGAGGGACUAACGUUGUCACUGACGGAGUAUGUUCGUGCAUAUGCACCAACGGGUUUACUGGAAACGACUGCACUACUUCAAGCUCCGCGGGCUGCACCACAACGAGUCUCACUUCUUCCGACAGCACCCUCAGUAAUGUUACGCUCGGUCAAUCUAUUCCUCGUCUCAUUCAGGAAGGCCAGACCAACUUCUCUCUGCCGCUUUCCGCUACGACGAUCUUGUCCAAGUUCAAUUCAGCCAACCUCUCUUGCGUCGCCGAAAACGCCCUUGUGACUUUCGACGGAUCUUCAACUAGAAGCACCACAAUCAUUGUGAGCACUCUGACUGAACCGCUCACUACUGGUACUUUCUCGACAGUCUUUGCUACCACACUUUCGAACAGUGCCUCAUCGACCAACACAGACACAACAACCACCACGACCAUUACCACAUAUGCUCCAGGUGGCACCGGUACCAGCACCGGUACCUCGACGAUCACAAGCGCAACGAGCACGAGUACUGCUUCGCCUACAUCUGCUUUCUCUGUUACUGAUCAAGUCCUUGACUUUGCACGUGUCGCGGUAUUAUUUGUCUUGCAAUCAAAGACAGUACAAGACGGCGUCAAUGCUCAAUCAACUCUGCAGAAGUUCUUCACUUCUGCCAGCUCCACAGACGGAGUCACAAUUGCUCAAGCACAAAAUGUAUCAAUUGGUGGCUCGAACACAGUUGAUCUUGUCAAUUUCAAGGUCAACGUAUGA